AUGUCAUUGCUGCUGGAAUAUUUAAAUCAGAAAGAUUAUGAAUAUUACUUGGGAGUAGGUUAUGCAGAUUCCUGUGUAUCUACAAUGGUCAAAAUUGAAUCUGAUUUUCGAGUAGAGAAUAUGUUGACUAUUGUGCAAAGUCUGCAUGGUUUGCACUUCUACAAGCAGAGUAAAGUGAUAAUGCAUGAACCAGCAGUAAUAAGAGCACUACAAGCUCAAGAUAUUCGAUGCUCAUUCGGUAAUAUGCAUCCGGUUUUAAUUGGUUUAGAUCUGAAUGUUACUAUUAUUGUAAAUUUCGACAGUACAACAAACCAAUUAACAAUUGUCGUGGCACAAUCGGUGAGAAAUCAACCAACUCAUUUCCGCUAUUUCUAUCGGGAUCAAGUUAGUCGUCUUGUAUCAGGAUACACUGAUAUCUUCUUGACAACUAUAGAUAUGGGUCGAGGCUUACUACAUUUCGUUCACCAAAAUAACAAUGAUUCAUUGCACACGGGACACGAGGUGUUACAAAUCAAAACUAUCGACAGCGGGAUGCGGAUUAUGAAGAUUCGUUCCGAAGAGAUUCAUAUGAAAUUUUCGCAAUUGCUUAUGGAUCCAAGUGGUACUUAUGCAUUCUAUACGGUUCCUGAGAAGAAUAAACAACAAUCCGUAUAUCAGAUGAAAGUGGACUACCCGAAUUUUACUCUCGAUGCACAAAAGACGUCUCAGGAAAAAGCAAAAAUAUUUGCUGUAAAUCAAGAUGACCGAAUACUUCCAGUAGAUAGAAAUGCCCUAGUCGUAUGGAAAUUUGCAGGAGAGAAAAGAAGCGCAUGGCUGUACGAAGGAAGUUGUACAGGAAGUUCGCAAAGAAAAAAAUCAUUUCAUCAAAUCGGCUGUAUUUUAUCCGGAAUAAAUGAUCCAACUGGGCGAUUAUCAAUUAAAAUUCAUCGGAUUAGGCGCCACUUAUAA